UUACUUCAAAAUUUCAAGUCAACCUUUAAUCAACUAAAAAUUCUUUGUUAUUUUUUUCAGAAAUUUCCCCUCUGAUUUAUAAUGAGCAAAAAUGGAAACUAAUAAUAUCAAUCAAUCCUCUGAGAUUGACUCAGUUCCAAGAAGACCAAUAGAAGAUAAAUCACUGGCAUUACUAUGCACAAGAAUAAUAUCACUUGUGAAGAAGACCAAAAAGCAACGCACUCUCACCAGAAAAUUCAACCACACCAACUUAAGAGAACUCUAUAGCAAAUCGACCUACGUGUCCUUGUCUCCGCGACAAUCACACUUUCAAAACUUGGGGGCUCCCCCGCAACCGGAACCCUUGGACGACAAGCAGCUGUACGUCGACCUGAAGUUCGUGCCACGCAACAUACCCAAGUCGGAGAUACACAGAGCAUUGAAGACGAGAGGAAUUAAUUACGGCACCGUGACCAGGAUGGACAACAAUAUCCGUGUAGAAGUUUUCACACCCGUCGACAAGGACAUACUCGAAAAGGAACCGUUGAACAUAAGACGUUUCUCCGAUUACGGUGAUUUGGACGAUCCUCCGCUUCUUCGGAAGUCAAUAUCCACUUAAGGGUAUUUAUUUGCUUUCAACAAUAUCUGGAAGAGCAUGUGUUGCUACAGCUUUAGACGUGGUCUCAUGAAUUUGGACUUAAAUGUAGCUUAUUUUACGUAAAUAAAAGAGAAACUAAUUAAUAAA